AUUUGAUAUUUUGCGUUUGGAUUUGUCUGAGUUCGGCGCGCAUUUUGACACAAUGAUCAACGGAUAACUUCAUAUCGAUCUUGGACUUUCUUUUCUUCGUUUCUUCUUUGUGUUUAUCAGUUAAGCUGUUGCGAAUAUUUGAAUUUGUCUUCCAACCAACUUCAUGAUCAAUUUCAAACAAAAGAAAUUUAUCCACCAACAACACACGGACAGUGCAAUGCCAAACAAUUUAACCGAUUUUCGUAUUAUACUACACACAAUGUGAGCACGUUGGCGCCAGUCGAUAAAUUACCGAUAAAUCGUAGUAUUUGAAUGGCUAAGUAGUUUUUACGAUAAGAUUCGUUGUUAAAAUAGUGUUUUUGGAUCGUGAUAUAGUUAAUAAAAAGAAGAAAAUGUUUGAUCAAAAGGAGACAGCAUCGGGCUACCUGUUCUAUGUGAAUAGACAAACAGGUAAACAUCAAAAUAAUAAUCCACAACUGAUGGAGAUAAUGCAAGUGAUUCAUGAUCAACACAAAUCCAUCAAAUACAUCACAUAUCGAUGCGCAACGAAAAUCUGGUUUUUGAAGCAAUCUCUCUACACUGUGAAUAUUCCCUAUAGCCUUGUGUUGACUGUGUUAAAUCAUCAUGGAUUCUCCCAAUGCGAUAAUGUGCCCGUGUUAAAGCCAAGACAAUUGAUUGCUAUCAUUCAUGACAUCUACUAUGCCGCCCAUAAAUGUGACCUUUUCACACAAAGCAUUGACUUUCAUUUAAAACGAUGCACUUCAAUGCUUACGAACUUCUUUUGGUGCAUUUAUGAUCCAAAACGAAUGGUGCCGUUGUCAUUGUUGGUGUUUCGCCAAUUGAUGUUAAUUUUGUGCAAUACACAGCAUUAUGGUCAGCUGAUUGAAGAGGAAUUCAAUUUGGUGACCGAUCCAAAUCGAUGUGUCAACCGAUUUCGAUUUGAUUUAAUCGUUAAUGCAAUCUCCAAAUUUUUUUCAUACAUCGGAGAGAGCCAAUCGCACGGACCUCAUCUGAUCGGUGCAAUUAUUCAAGAAUGUUUUGAAAAGAGCCUCGGUAUGAUUGGAUUGAGUGAAUACCAAUUCAUUGAACUCUGGCAAAAGCAAAAUAUAAAGUUUGCAUACUAUACCAAUGUCUUGGCAUUAUUACAUCGCAUAAAAGAGUCUCAGAACAUUUUACACGAUGCUGAAUGUGUGAACUGCAAAAGAUCACCAAUUGUGGGAAUUCGCUUCAAGUGCCAACAAUGCAAAAACCUAUCACUCUGUUUUGAAUGCUUUUGCGCUGGAUACAAAAGUUCAAAACACGAAAUGUCACAUCGAAUGUAUGAAAUUAGUACGAAUCUCACAAAAAGCAAUGUUUUUUCUUCGACUUUCGCAACGGUGGGAAAGUGGUUUUGUUUAAGGAGAAAACCAAGAAAAAGUGAUGAACAUAAUUUAACGAUGGAAAUUAAGGUAACAGAUGAACAUAACGGCGACACAAACACCACAAUUAUUGAAUGUGUUAACGAUACGAAAUGGGAUACACCACGAAAACCAAAACCAUCGAUACGUCAAAUCGAUGAGAAGUUUAAUCAGACGAGAAAAGCUCCAAAUCCAAAUACAAGUUCCCAAGAUGAACUGCAGUCUGUGCUCAAUUCGCUGGCCCAUCAAGUGGAAUCGUUCCAAGCCUAUCUUGCAUUGUCAAAGAAACAACGAAAAUUGGUGAAACCAGAGUUUUUGUGUGAACACCAAGUCUUUCUAAACGAUGUCUUCAAUCGAUUGCGUGUAUUGAAUGUAUCAAAACCGAAGCGCAAUUCAAUGUUGGUAUCAAGUACAUAUUAUCAACCACAAUCCAGUACUCCAUAUCAAAAUGAUUAUAUUCGUAAACCACUUGCAUUCAGCAUUGGCAGUCAAUCAACGGACACGAUUUAUAGAUCAAGAUCAGAUAAAGUAUAUUUGGAUGAUAAUCGAUCCGAAUUUACAUUGGUUGACGUCAGUACAUUGCCACGGUCAAAUACACAAUCGAUACGUACAUCACGAUCCGUGCAUGCUGCAGUCAAACCGAAAAUUGAUGUGCGUCGGUGUCGCUCUGUUGCGAAUCUAAUGCCAGAUGACGCGUUCGAGGCGGAAAUGGAGAAUUUCAAACAUCUUAUCAACAAGAUCAAAACUAUAGUCGAUGAUUCAAACAGCGACAAUAAUAAACUAUCAACGGCCGCAAGAAAAUUCGAAACGGCACUUGACAAACUGAUCGAAUCCGAGGAACAGAAACGAAUUUGCUAUGUAUAAGUUAUGAAAACUAUUGGUGAUUGAAUUGAUGCUACUUUGCAAUAUAAGAUAUAUAGGCUAGUCGAUAAGAAAUUAUUAUACAAAUGACUCGAACGAUGGCUUUCUAGAAUCUCUGAUAUUUUGUAUUUCGACAAUGAACUACCCAAUUUGUUGUUAAGGACUAUCUUUACGAAUCCUUAGUUAUAGCGCUUUUUAUAUUCAAACCACAUCUGUCAUCAUAUUAAUGAUGAACAAUCUGUAAAUAUGAUUAUCAAAACAAUAAAGAUUGAACCGUGCGAUAGAUCGUGCGUUUGCGUUAAACCUA